AUGGCUCCAGGAAGACGAGGCACAGGACGAGGAGGUGCCGGCAGUGGUGGAAACAGCAACAACAACAUGAACAGGAAACCACAAGCCAACAACCACAGCAGAAAAGCUCGCGGUAGAGCAGCAGCAGCAGCAGAAGAAGCGGCUGCGUCUUCAGGAACCGGCAAGAACAGGGUGGUCAAGAACCUCGCCAACGUCUUCUCGCUCGAUGACGAGGACGAGUCCAAGACUGCGAGACGUCGUAAGCAGUACCUGGACGAGGUUGAAAACUACGAGUACAACGUUGACGAGAUUGAUGAUGAGGAUGAUGAAGAAAUUGACUCUGAUGAGGCCUUUGAUGAGGGCGACGAGGAAAAGUAUGAGAACUUCCAGUUCUAUGGGUCCAAGGAUCAGGCCAAGAAGAAUAAGAAGAAGAAGCAGCUCGCUGAUAAGAAGGGCAAGAGCAAAGUCGCGGAUUCAGAGGACGAGGACAUGAUGGACCAGGAUGAGAGCGAGGAAGAGGAAGAGUCCGAGGAGGAAGAGGGUGCAGAAUACAUGGAUAUCUCCGAGAUGUUGGACCAGCCCCAGUCGGAUGAUGAGAUUCCUUUGCCCAAGAAGACCAAGGUCACAGGAUUCAACGACUCUGACAGCGAGGUCGACGACUUCAAGUUUGGCGGCGACGACGAUGAAGAGGAGGAUGAAGACGAGGAUGAGGAUGAUGAGGAGGAUGCCGAGGAGGGCGAGGAGGAAGAUGAGGAAAUGGACGAGGGCGAGGACGAGGGCAAGUCCAGUAACCUGACCAGCUUUAUCGACUCGUUGGAGACAUCUGUCAAGAAGCGCAAGCAGGAUGACAACGCCUCGGCCUCGACAAAGAAGGCUCGUAAGAACCUCCGCGAGCGUACUGAGGCUUACGACGAGUCCGAAUACAACCUUCAGGCUCACCGAUCCUCUGCGGCACACUCUCUCAACGGACCCAGCAACAAGAAGAAACUCGACAUGUUUGAUUUGGUCAGCUCUAUUCAGGAUGAGGCCGGCUUCAGCUCGUUGAAGAAGAACGUCCAAGCUUUAGAUAAUGGUCCCAAGAGCGGGAAGUCUGCCGAUACCCUGACAGCACCUUUGCCCAAGAUUGUCCAGGAUCGUUUGAACCGUCAGGCUGCCUAUGACGAGUCCAAGAAGGAGAUCUCCAAGUGGCUGCCCAUUGUCCAGCAGAACCGUCAAGCCGAGCACUUGGCCUUCCCCAUGAACGCCCCCGGUAUCCAUACUCCCUCGAGUGCCUCUCUUGCUAGCAGUUUUGGUGUUUCGACCAAGAUGGAGCGUGAGGUCGAGAGUGUGUUGAUGGAGGGUGGUAUGCAGGAACGCAAGCUGGUCGAGUUUGAGGAACUGGCUCUGAACAAGAUGACAACCGAGGAGGUGGAGAAACGUCGACAGGACCUCCGCAUGAUGCGUGAGUUGAUGUUCCGUGACGAGAUCCGUGCCAAGCGUGUCUCCAAGAUCAAGAGCAAGCUGUACCGCAAGAUCAAGAAGAAGGAGCGUGAACGCAACGGAUUGACUGCCGAGGAGAUGGAGGAUCUCGACCCGGCCCAGGCUCACGAGGAACGUCUGUUGGCCGAGCAGAAGCGUGCCCAGGAGCGUAUGACCCUCAAGCACAAGAACACUGGAAAGUGGGCCAAGGACCAGCUCAAGCACGGCAACUUUGAUCCCGAGUCCCGCCAGGCCAUUACCGAACAGAUUGAGCGUGGUGACCGUCUGAGACGCAAGAUCCAGGAUGUCGACUCGGACGAGGAGCAAUCUGGUGGUGAGAGCGAUUACAGUGAUCUGGAGGACGACGAUGUCGAGGGUGCCAAGGCUCGUGCCUUUGACGAGUUGGCUCAGGUCGAGGCUCAGUUGGCCAAGGCUGAGGAUGCUGCCAAGGAAGCCAAGGUUGGCAAGGGAGUCUUUGCCAUGAAGUUCAUGCAGGAUGCUGCCAAAAGGAGCAAGAUGCAGGCUCAGAUUGCCGCCGACGAGUUCCGCAAGGAGAUGGAGGAGGAGGAGGAGAUGCGCAACAUGUCGAGCGAUGACGAGUGGAAGACGGUCCAGAAGAACAAGAAGGGAGGCAAGAAGACCAAGGAGGCUGAGGCUGGUACUGUCAUUGGUGCCGGUGGACGCAUGGUCUUUGGUACUGCCUCGGACGGCCCUAUCGAGAAAAACAGUCAACCCGACAAGGCUGUCAAGUUGAACAAUGCUGGUCAGAUCAACAAGGUUGCGCUCUCAGCUGGACACACGACUAAGGUUGCCGGCCCUGUCACUGUCAAGAUUGCUGGCACAAGCGCACGGACUGCCGCGCAGGACGAUGGCUCUGACGACGGAUCCACCAACCCAUGGCUCAAGACGGAUACGCACCACCAGGGCAAGAUUGCACGGAAGAACGACAAGGGCACGACCAAGGACAGCUCCAAGGUCGACAAGUUGCAGGCCAAGAUCAAGAAGCAGAAGGACGCCGAGGCCGGAUCGGAUGACGACGUCCAGAUUGAUACCAGCUCCUUCUUGACCCUCAGCAAGGACAGCCAAAAGGAGCGCGGAUUGCACAAGGGCGAACCGACCACAGCAUCAGCACCAGCACCAACGACGUCGAAGAAGGACAAGAAGAACAAGAAGGCAGCAGCAGAAGAAAUGUCAGAAGCAGAGGAGGGAACGGUAACGGUAGCGGGAGAUGGUAAUGACUCGGACGAUUCGGACCCUGAGCCCGUGAUGGUCCAUACCAAGACUGUCGCUGCUCUUUCACAACGCGAUCUCGUCGCCCGCGCUUUCGCCAACGACAAUGUUGUGUCAGAGUUUGAGAAGGAGAAGAUGGAGACCAUGGAAGCCGAGAAGCCCAAGGACAUCGACCUCACCCUUCCUGGAUGGGGCUCGUGGGCAGGAAAGGGACAGAAGAAGAGGAAGAAUGUGGUGGUGAAGAAGGCACAACCAGGCGAUGGAGUGGAUAUCAGCAAACGUAAGGAUGCCAAGCUGGCCCAUGUGAUCAUCAACGAGAAGCGCGACAAGAAGGCCUCGAACUAUUCUGUGACCAAGAUCCCUCACCCCUUCACGACCUGGGCCCAGUACGAGCAGUCUCUCCGUGCCCCCGUCGGAAAGGAAUGGAACACCAACGCCACCUUCCAGAAGAUGACCCUCCCCAGAGUCACCACCAAGCUCGGAAAGAUCAUCGAUCCCCUCACCGCACCCUUCAAGUAG